UUCUCUCUCCUUCGUCAGUAACAUGCAGGGAGCGGAAAAUCCCACUCGAGUAAAAGUCCAUCGUUUCUUGGGAUUCAGUGGGCGAGUACUGUUGUCUCUUCAGUGGGUUUUACAACUGCGAAGAUCAAUGUGUGUAGUUUUCACUAGUAGUCCGGAAAUAAAAGCUGGUUCACUCUAGAUUCGCAGAAGUGCUUCUUGCAAAUGAGAAACUGGCUGUGAUCUGAAGACACACUUCCCCUGGGGUUACCGGCAUGAUGUGUGUGUUAACUGGUAACACUGCAAACGUCACACGGGGCUUUCUUCUGCCAGGUUAAUUCCAGCUUCAGAGUCACUUCAGAUGUAAUGUCAAGGCUGAUGCUAGCACACAUCGUCUAAUUAACUCAGUCUGUCUCAGGUCCCUCGCUCCGUGUGCACUUUGAUCCCAAGUGACACCGUGACAGUCAGGUGCCUGUCAAAUGGCUACAACCUCAGCUGAAAGGCAGUCAAGUGUUUGAUGGUUUGAAUACUCAGUAUUUACGUCCUGGAUUGAAGACGGCUUGUUAAACUCUGUUCAAACCCAUUUUACCCAUUAUACGAAUUUUUGCUCUUCAGCUUUGAUGGAAUUACUGUUUAAGAGUGUCCAACUGAAGAAGGAGGUGCUCUUUAGGUGGCGACGGACAAAGUAGCCGGCAAGCUGAGUUCAACUCUUUCAUGGGUGAAGAACUCAGUGUCGCACACGGUCAGUCAGAUGGCUAGCCAGGUGGCCACUCCGUCCUCACUGCACACGGUGGUGGGAUCGUCCACCGUCUCACUGUCCUCGCCAGGCCUCUCUCCCUCAACUCCGUCCUCCACCCAGCUUAGCCCGGAUGAAGUGGAGCUACUCGCCAAGCUUGAGGAGCAGAACAGGUUGUUGGAAACGGACAGUAAAUCCCUGCGCUCAGUGAACGGCUCUCGGAGGAACAGCGGCUCCUCGCUGGUGUCCAGCUCCUCGGCCUCUUCCAACCUCUCGCACCUGGAGGAGGACUCGUGGAUCUUAUGGGGGCGCAUCGUCAACGAGUGGGAGGAGGUGCGCAAGAAAAAGGAGAAACAGCUGAAGGAACUGGUCAGGAAGGGCAUCCCGCAUCACUUCCGGGCGAUAGUGUGGCAGCUUCUCUGCAAUGCCCAGAAUCUGCCCAUAAAGGACCAGUACUCAGAACUGCUGAAGAUGACGUCACCCUGCGAGAAGCUGAUCCGCAGAGACAUCGCCCGCACAUACCCCGAGCACGAGUUCUUCAAGGAGAAGGACAGCCUGGGCCAGGAGGUGCUCUUUAAUGUCAUGAAGGCCUACUCACUGGUGGAUAGGGAAGUAGGAUACUGCCAGGGGAGCGCGUUCAUCGUCGGCUUGCUGCUCAUGCAGAUGCCAGAAGAGGAGGCAUUCUGUGUGUUUGUAAAGCUCAUGCAGGAUUACCGUCUAAGGGAACUGUUCAAACCCAGCAUGGCGGAAUUGGGUCUCUGCAUGUAUCAGUUUGAAAGUAUGAUUCAGGAGCAGCUGCCUGAGCUGCACAUUCAUUUCCAGGCCCAGAGUUUCCACACCUCCAUGUACGCGUCAUCCUGGUUUCUUACCAUCUUUCUCACCUCCUUUCCUCUCCCUGUUGCUACAAGAAUCUUCGACAUAUUUAUGUGUGAGGGUUUGGAGAUAGUGUUCCGUGUCGGCCUGGCCAUCCUUCAGAUGAAUCAAGCAGAGCUCAUCCAGUUGGACAUGGAGGGCAUGUUACAGUACUUUCAGAAAGUCAUCCCUCAUCAGCUGGACAGCGGACCAGACAAAGUGAUCCAGGUCGCCUAUCAAGUCAAGUACAAUGCCAAGAAGAUGAAAAAGUUAGAGAAGGAGUACACUACUAUAAAAACCAAGGAAAUGGAGGAACAGGUGGAGAUAAAGAGACUUCGGACAGAGAACAGGCUGCUGAAGCAGAGGAUAGACACUCUGGAGAAAGAAAGUGCUUCCUUGGCAGAUAGAUUGAUCCAGGGUCAGGUGACGCGAGCACAGGAGGCUGAGGAGAAUUACCUGGUCAAGCGGGAGCUGGCCACGGUGAAACAGCAGAGCGAGGAGGCCAGCGCACAGCUCGAGCAGGCCCAAAGCACCAUCAGACAGCUCCAACAGCAGCAGCAGCAGCCUGUGAAGGCGAACCCUCGCUACUCUGAAGAAUCAAUCCUGCAGUUGGAGAGAGAGCUGGUCCAGGCUCGACUCAAAGAGGCCGAGUCUCAGUGCGCACUCAAAGAGAUGCAGGACAAAAUCCUUGACAUGGAGAAGAGGAACACGUCACUGCCAGAUGAGAAUAAUGUAGUGCGUCUUCAGGAGGAGCUGAUUGCUGUUAAGUUAAGGGAGGCCGAGGCUCUGACAGGCCUCAAAGAGUUGAGACAGCAAGUCCAGGAUCUGGAGGAGCAUUGGCAGAGGCACUUGGCACGUACAGCUGGCCGCUGGAAGGACAGUCCACGGAAGAACUCGGCAAAUGAACUUCAGGAUGAGCUAAUGAGUGUGAGACUACGAGAGGCAGAGGCCCAAGCUGAGCUCCGCGAGACCAGGCAGAGACUGCUGGAACUGGAGACACAGAACCAAAUCCAUAGCAACCAGUUGCGGCGAGCUGAGCAAGAGAUGCGCAGUUUGCAUGAUCGUUUGCAGAGUUUGAGCACACAGAAUAAAAUGCUGAACUCAGAGCUGCAGGAGUCCAAACGCAAGCAGGCAGAGAUUGAAUGUAAGAAUAAAGAGGAGGUGAUGGCAGUGAGAUUAAGAGAGGCCGAUAACAUGGCUGCCAUGGCUGAACUCCAGCAGCAGAUCUCUGAAUUGGAGAUUCAGAAGGAAGAAGGGAGAGUACAGGGGCAGCUGAACAACACGGACUCCAACCAGUACAUCCGAGACCUCAAAGACCAGAUAGCAGAGCUCAAGCAUGAGAUCCGCUGUUUAAAAGGGCAGAGGGGCUUACCCGACCGCACCAAUUUUGAUAGGAUCCACAUCGUCAAUCACUACGGAGGGGACGACGAGUCAUAUCAGUCCUCGGAUGAAGACGGCUUGAAGCUACCGCUUAAAGUGACCCCCUGUCAAGGUGGCGGCCGCAUCACACUCCACCCCCAGCUGGGAGACACAGACAGCGAGGCCGAUGACGACGGAGAGAGUCUGAGGCUCACGGUGCCUUCCAAUAGCAGCCAUAAGAGCACCACUGUGUGACCACCGACACUAACACACCAGACUGCACCCUGCGGGGACAUCGCACCUGAGAGUUCAUAGUCGCAUCCAGAUCCGAAACUGCCAUCUGCUUCUGUGCAACUAGAAAUUCUGAAAUCUUCUUUACAGACCAAGAAUCGGGAUUUUUAUUCACAUCUGCCUUAUCCAUUUUGUUUUUGCCAAAAUGAGCCAGAUGUUUAUACUGGAACUUGUCUUUGCAUUUUGACAAGGAGUUCAGUGGCUGGUUGUGCUCUUUAAAGCCACACUGGACAGGAGCAAAUACUGAAAGUCCCUAAGACUACACAGACUCUACGCCACGCGUCGCUCUACCAGACAUGAACCGACUUGUGUGGUAUAGUAUUUUAUGCAUUAUGAUAAAGCUUCAUUCUUCUAAUUUUUAUUUUUUAAUUUUUUUUCUUAAGAAUAAUCAAAAUCCCACGGUGUGCAUUCGUGGGUGUCCGUCAUGUUGAGGGAAACAUUAAAGGUUUAGGAACACUAUUGUUCAUGUGAACAUAUCACACACCUGCAAAUAAAAAUGGAUUAGUGUCAUAUCAACCAACAAUAACAACCUUUUUUAACCAUAGCAUGCAGUAAAUCUAAUGACCUUUGACUUUAUGUAAAAGCAGCUUGUCAAAGAUCUCACCUCUUUGUGUGUGUGCGUGUGUGUGCGUGUGUGUGUGCAUGUGUGUGUGCGUGCGUGUGUGCGUGCGUGUGUGCGUGCGUGUGUGCGUGCGUGUGUGCGCGCGUGUGUGUGCGCGUGUGUGUGCGCGUGUGUGUGCGCGUGUGUGUGCGUGUGUGUGCGUGCGUGCGUGCGUGCGUGUGUGUGUGUGCGUGCGUGUGUGCGUGCGUGUGUGUGUGCGUGUGUGUGCGCGUGCGUGCGUGUGUGUAUGUGCAUGUUGUUUUGCAUCUCCAUUCUGACUUGAAAGUAUGUAUGUAAUGAAUUUCAUAUCCUGGCUGCACAGUGUACAAUUCAGUCGAAAGGGACAUAAUCACUGCUUUUGGGAGACGUUUGCAACACCGUGCUUAAUUCUAUGUUCUCACUGUACUGUAUCCAACUCUUGAUUUAUAACAUGGUUCUUACUAUUGAAAUGUCACAAGUUAUUGUUCUGUUGUCUGGAAAAACAUUAUAAUUUUCUUCACAAUGUUUUUAAAGAGCAUGUACCACAAUUUAGAAAAGUUUCACAAAAGGCAAAUGCAAACCAAGCAGGAAGUCAUCAUAGGAGUAUUUCUGUUAAUGACACCUUGUUCAUGUUCAGCUCAUUUGUUACACGAUUGCACAGAACAUACAGAGAGCUCCAGAAGUAUUGGACACAUCGACAUUGACGGUUGUUUUAGAUCUACACUCUAGCACUUGGGAUUACAGAUGUCAGUAAUUAACGCUGGGUUGACCGUCAGUUAAAGUAAUGUAUGGUGUGGCUUGUGUGUUAUGCCCUCCAUUUCCAGCCAUGGCUCUUUUUAAUAUUGAUUGUGUACAAUGAAAUCCUCAAGUGUGUAUAUUUCUUACAAAACUGUUUCCCAGUCAGGACAAAAUAGAUCAGCGUCCUGUAUAAUGAAGUGCCACCCAGUUACAGUAUAGCUACUUUGCUGUACAAUGUUUUCUGUCCAUCAUAGAAAUUGUUCUGCUGCUACUCUUGGUGAAGAAGUAAAUCAGCUUUACAUGCUCCUGCCACAACACUAAUGUCCACCAUGGAUGGUCUUUUUUUUUUUUUUUUUUUUUUUUUCUUCCCCAAAUUUAAAACUUACCCAUCCACACCAUGUUCUAAACCUGACCGCCUUCUUAUAGCACUUUGCUUUAGCAGAUUUCAACCCUUGCAUUUUGGUUCUCAAGACCCUUUUGUGCUUUGAUCUAGUUGUACAAACUAAGGUUCUGCAAGUGUUUUUCCUGCAUGUGGUGAGUUGUCACAUCACUACUUACACUAGUGGUUUCUUUUAGUCAUGCAAUAAACAAAUAAUUCUGGCAA